CGGUGCAGACGAAACACGCAUUCGAGUUAAGGGUGCACGAAUCACCCUGAAAAAAAAAAAACGAAAAUUCCGUAUCAGAAAGGUGACGUCUUGCCACGAUGAGCGGUUUAUUGAAGUUGUCCUCUUUAUUGGCGAGAAAUACCUUCGCGACUACGUUGAACAAUUUGAGAUUACCAGUUGUUACAAAUCGUAAAUUCCAUUACACACCAGAUGGCAAAGCUGCUAAAGUGUCUGAUGCUGUUUCUAAACAUUAUCCACUGGUAGAUCAUACUUAUGAUGCCGUUGUUGUGGGUGCUGGUGGGGCAGGUUUGCGUGCUGCCUAUGGCUUGGUUGCAGAAGGCUUCAAAACAGCUGUUAUUACUAAACUGUUUCCAACAAGAUCACAUACAGUUGCUGCUCAAGGUGGAAUCAAUGCUGCUUUGGGUAAUAUGGAAGAAGAUAACUGGCAGUGGCAUAUGUACGACACUGUUAAAGGAUCCGACUGGCUAGGAGAUCAGGAUGCUAUUCAUUAUAUGACUCGUGAAGCCCCAAAGGCAGUCAUUGAAUUGGAAAAUUGUGGAAUGCCCUUCAGUCGAACUUCCGAUGGGAAAAUUUAUCAACGUGCUUUCGGUGGGCAAUCUUUAAAGUUUGGAAAAGGUGGUCAAGCUCACAGGUGUUGCUGUGUAGCUGAUAGGACAGGUCACUCUUUGCUUCAUACCCUGUAUGGUCAGUCACUGAGCUAUGACUGCAAUUACUUUGUUGAAUACUUUGCUCUGGAUCUACUCAUGGAAGAUGGAGAGUGUCGAGGUGUAAUUGCUCUUUGCUUAGACGAUGGCACCCUUCAUCGUUUCUAUGCUAAGAAUACAGUAUUAGCGACAGGAGGCUAUGGACGUGCAUACUUUUCCUGCACAUCCGCUCAUACAUGUACAGGAGAUGGCACUGCAAUGGUCUCCAGAGCCAAUUUACCAAACCAGGACUUGGAGUUUGUACAAUUUCACCCAACUGGAAUAUAUGGCGCAGGUUGUCUUAUUACAGAAGGUAGCCGUGGUGAAGGUGGCUAUCUCAUAAAUAGUGAAGGUGAAAGGUUUAUGGAACGUUAUGCUCCAGUCGCGAAGGAUUUAGCCUCUAGGGAUGUAGUAUCGAGGUCUAUGACUAUUGAAAUCCGGGAAGGCAGAGGUGUUGGCCCUGAAAAAGAUCACAUUUAUUUACAACUUCAUCACUUGCCACCUGAACAGUUAGCAGCCAGAUUACCAGGUAUCUCAGAAACGGCAAUGAUAUUUGCGGGAGUUGACGUGACAAGAGAGCCUAUUCCUGUCAUACCCACAGUACAUUAUAAUAUGGGAGGGGUACCAACAAACUUCAAGGGGCAGGUUCUAAUGAGAAAGAACAACAAGGAUACAGUUGUGCCUGGACUUUACGCUUGCGGAGAAUCCGCUUGCGCAUCCGUUCAUGGCGCUAAUCGUCUUGGUGCAAACUCCCUAUUAGAUUUAGUCGUGUUUGGUCGUGCAUGUGCCAAGACAAUCGCAGCAGAGAAUAAACCAGGAGAAGUUAUCAGACCACUUAGAUCUAAUGCCGGAGAGGAGAGUGUGGCAAACUUGGAUUGGGUCAGAAAUGCAAAUGGUAACAUUUCUACUGCGGAAUUGAGAUUAAACAUGCAGAAAACUAUGCAGACGCAUGCGGCUGUAUUCAGGAUGGCUGAAACUUUGCAAGAAGGAUGUACCAAGAUGUCUGCUCUUUACAAGAAGCUGGGCGAUCUUAAAGUAUCCGAUAAGUCAAUGAUAUGGAAUUCCGAUCUCGUGGAAACCCUUGAAUUGCAAAACCUAAUGCUGAAUGCAAUGCAGACGAUAGUGGGUGCUGAGAAUAGGAAAGAAAGUCGUGGUGCGCAUGCGCGCGAAGAUUUCAAAGCGAGAAUCGAUGAAUACGACUACAGCAAACCGACAGAAAACCAACAACCAAAACCAUUGAAUGAACACUGGCGAAAGCACACUCUCACGAAGAUCGACCCUCGAACAGGAGAAGUAUCGAUUGACUACAGACCAGUAAUAGAUAACACGCUAGAUAAAAGUGAAUGCGCGACGGUUCCGCCUGCCAUUCGUUCCUACUAAAUCUUUUAUUCAAAAUAAACAUGUGCAAUUUUUAGCUUCUUUUUAGCGUUCCAUUGUUAAAUCUAUUUGGUUGUAUCAUGUUUUUUUACGAAAUUGGCCGCUCGUUCGAUAUUUUCAUUUCUGUACAGGAAGAAACGGCCGAAAAAACGAAGUUACCGAUAAUCUAACACGAUGCAGCAACUUAUUUAUUAACGCACAUGACCUACGCCGUGCACCAAAGUUUAAUUCUCGUCAAAUACUUGCACGCGUUGCGAGCCAGACUAGUUGUCCUUGUAGGAUAAAAUGGUGCUGAGAUUAUCUUCAUUAUGUCAAAGAAGAGUUCGUUCGAUCUCUUAGCGAAAUCACUGCUACCAUUAUUAUGUAAACUAAUAGUGAAGUAUUAGCGUGAUUCAGGCAGCAAAUAAUUUCAGGUACAGAUCUUUUACGGAGGAACGUUCAUCCGUGCAUUACUACGCAGCAUAGUCAGUAUUCCCGUUUAUAAAUCACUACAAAGCAAUCUGUUUCUUAUCAACUUUGUAAAUCAACAUGCUCAAUAACAUUUAAGAGUUGUCUAACGAAGGAUUUUGUACCACGAAUCGUGAGCUAGUACUCCCUAAAGGGUUGUGUAACAAGAGUAUGCCACUUUUAUUGCGGCUGAAUACUUAACAUUUUAACAGGUCAACAGGAAACAGUCUUGACUAUGAGCAAUAACUAGAUUUAAUAUUUUAUACUGAAACCAGUUCAGUAUUUUAUACCUCGACCCAAUUAUUUUUUCUCUAUUAUCGUGAAAGGAUAGUUGUUUCUGUUACUUUGAAAAUUCAAUAUUUACUUUGGCCAUAUAUUUAAUACUGUUUUUUGUACUGUUGCCGGGAAUACGCCUGUUUCUGCGUUGCCUGUUAAACUUUUAUAAUUAUAUCUGUGUUUUCUAAUAAACGCAAACGAACAGUCUCGAAUUGGAAGUACAUUCAUGGAAUGUUGUGUACUUCGGAGUAAAUUCAGCUUGACUGGACAUGCUACACAGCAUGACAAAAAUGUGUACAUAAGAUUGUCAAUAAAAAAUAAGCAUUCGUAUAGCCUUUUAUUCACGGAAAACGAUUUCGUUGCGAAUUAUCCUAUGAGCAUUUCAUAUGCUAGUAUACGAUGGUGUGUUAGAUAUGUAUGUACGUAUGUAUACGUUAGUAAUACUAUUUU